GCGACGCAUCACGAACUUUCUCAUCCCUUCCCGUCCAUCAUUCUGUUAUUUAUUGGCAAUCCACCAUUCCUCUUCCCCUGACACGGAAAUCAAUCCCUAAAACCAGAAAUUCCGAGUUGAAGAUGUGGGCUGUACCGCCUAGAAAGAAUGACCUGGAAUCCGGAGCAAGGCCUCUGUAUCCGAUGAUGCUGGAGAGUCCCGAGCUUAGAUGGGCCUUCAUUCGGAAAAUCUAUUCGAUCAUAAGUAUACAGUUGCUCGCCACUAUUGCGGUGGCCGCCACGAUUGUUUCGGUUCGUCCGAUCGCGCUUUUCUUCGUUACUACCGGCGCUGGGUUGGCGCUCUACAUAAUCCUCAUCAUCAUGCCUUUUAUCGUUUUAUGUCCGCUGUAUUACUAUCACCAGAAGCAUCCUGUGAACUAUCUGCUGCUCGGGGUUUUCACAAUCUCCCUGGCUUUUUCCGUCGGUUUAACAUGUGCAUUUACAAGCGGGAAGGUGAUUUUGGAAUCUGUCAUUUUGACGGCUGUUGUAGUAAUAAGCCUAACUCUGUACACAUUCUGGGCUGCACGGAGAGGCCAUGACUUCAACUUCUUAGGACCCUUCUUGUUUGGUGCUGUUCUUGUUCUUCUGGUGUUUGCUUUAAUUCAGAUGCUCUUCCCACUGGGUAAAAUCUCUGUGAUGAUCUACGGUUGCUUGGCGUCUAUCAUUUUCUGUGGAUUCAUUGUAUACGAUACAGACAAUCUGAUCAAGCGAUACACUUACGACGAAUACAUUUGGGCUGCGGUAGCUUUGUAUUUGGAUAUCAUAAAUCUCUUCCUCUCGCUAUUAACAAUAUUCAGAGCUGCUGAAAGCUGAAGAAAAUUCUUGUUUUCGACUUGGGUUUUUCUCCAGGUCUUUGGUUUCUGUGUAAAGAAAAUACUCAUGCUGGAAACAAGUUUGAACUCUGUUAAUAAGAAGAUUGAUGAUGAAUUUGUUUUCUUAAACUAAACAUUCACUGUACCAAAUUAUUCAUUUGACUGCA